GCGCGGCGGGGGCGCGGGUCGUGCGCUCCGCCCGGUGCCGCUCGGUGCCCCCCGGUGCCGCUCGGUGCCGCUCGGUGCCGCCCGGUGCCGCCCGGUGCCCCCCGGUGCCGCCCGGUGCCGCUCGGUGCCGCUCCGCCGGCCCGGCCCAGCCCCGCAGCCGCCCCCAUGGCACUGGAACAGGCGCAGGUCGACGGCCCUGACCCGCCGCGCCUCUGCGAGCCCGGCCCCGCCGCGCCGCCCGGCAGCGGGAGCCCGCUCUCCGCCCCGGAGAGCCCCAGCGAGCCCGGGCCCGGCGGGGACGCGGAGCCCGCGGCCGCCCCCGGCCCCGGAGGCGAUGCGGAGCCCGGGGUCGGUGGCGCCGAGGCCGCGGGGCAGAGCGGAGCGGCGGCCGAGGAGCCCGACGAGGAGGCGGCCCCGGCCAGGCCGUCGCAGAACAUCGCGGUGCAGACCGACUUCAAGGCGGCCGAUACGGACGUGAACACAGACCAGGACAUCGAGAAGAAUCUGGACAAGAUGAUGUCUGAGCGGGCCUUGCUGAAGGAGCGCUACCAGGAGGUGUUGGACAAGCAGAGGCAGGUGGAGAAUCAGCUGCAGGUCCAGCUUAAGCAGCUCCAGCAGCGGAGGGAAGAGGAGAUGAAAAACCACCAGGAGAUCCUGAAAGCAAUUCAGGAUGUUACGAUCAAGCGAGAAGAGACUAAGAAAAAGAUGGAGAAAGAAAAGAAAGAAUUCCUGCAGAAAGAGCAGGAUCUCAAAGCUGAAAUUGAGAAACUCUGUGAGAAAGGCAGAAGGUUGCUGAAGGAGCAGGAAGAGAAGGAAAACAAGAUUGCCUCUCUGAUUGCAGAGCAGUCUGAUGAGAAGCAGCUGUGGGAGAUGGAGCUGGACAAACUGAAGAACCAGCACAAUGAAAUCAACAGGAAUAUUCUUGAGGAGACGGAGCGAGCCUGGAAAGCAGAGAUCCUGUCCCUGGAGAGCCGGAAGGAGCUGCUGGUGUUGAAGCUGGAAGAAGCAGAAAAAGAAGCAGAGCUACACCUCACCUACCUCAACUGUGCUUGCAGGUCUGCGCCACCCACGCUGGAGACCAUGAGGCCAAAGCAGGAGUGGGAGAUGAGGCUGAACAGGAUACGAAUGACCAAGCAAAGUGUCCGAGAUCAGUUCAAUGACCACAUCCAGAUGGUGAGGAAUGGCACAAAGCUGAGCAGCCUCCCCCAGAUCCCAACGCCGACGCUGCCUCCUCCGCCUUCGGAAACAGAUUUCAUGCUGACGGCAUUCCAGCCCAGCCCAUCCCUGACCCCCCGGCUCCCCUUCCCCAUCGGGCCCGUCCCCGUGCCCAUGGUCAUGCCGAGCGCCGAUCCUCGGGCGCUGUCCUUCCCUCUGCUGAACCCCGCCAUGUCCAGGCCCAACCAGCCCUCCCCACCCCUGCCCGCUUCCCAGGGGAGGAACAGCCCGGUGGUGGCAUCGCUCAUUGGCACGCACAGCCCCCACAUGCCCCCCGCCGCCUCCAUCCCUCCUCCGCCCGGCCUGGGCGGGGUGAGCGUCGCUCCCGAGUUCCACCGGCCCCAGCCGGCCGACAAGCUGGAGAAGCUGCUGGAGAAGCUGCUGACUCGGUUUCCACAGUGCAACAAGGCCCAGCUCACCAACAUCCUGCAGCAGAUCAAGACUGCCCGGAGGACCAUGGCUGGCCUGACCAUGGAGGAGCUGAACCAGCUGGUGGCGGCCAAGCUGGCAGAGCAGCAGGAGCGGGCAGCAGCUGGAGCUCAGCCUCUGGGCCGGAUCAGGGCCCCCAUGUUCUCUGCUCCACUGCCUCAGAUCAGCACGCCCAUGUUCCUGCCCCCGGCCCAGGUCGCUUACCCGGGAACAGCGUCACACACCCCAGCUGCCUGUAAGCUGUGUCUGAUGUGCCAGAAGCUCGUGCAGCCCGGUGACCUUCACCCCAUGGCCUGCUCACAUGUGCUGCACAAGGAGUGCAUCAAAUUCUGGGCACAAACCAACACGAAUGACACUUGCCCUUUUUGCCCAAGCCUCAAAUGACGGCUGCUGGGACAACACGGGCCCCUGGGAGGAGUUGCUGUGAAUAGACAGGAUCAGUUCUAAGAUUUCUACAGUUCUAUAUUUAUACGAUCAUGUAUACACAUGUACAUUUUUAUUAUAUAGGUAAUGUGUGUAUAGAAAGUCUGUAAACAUACAAAUUCAUAAAUAAAGUGUGUAUAUUAUGCAGUGAUUUGCUGCAGCUCCUCA